AUGAAUCGAUUUGGCUUCUUGACUUUUACCAUCCUCGUUGCCUUUGCUGGGGCGAGGGAGUUCAAAGAUGAUCAUGGCAUCGUAUUUUCUUGGGACGAUGAUAAGCCGCCGACCGUAGUUGCCAACGCCUUUGGUGCCAUUCCUUUUUACCAUUUCGGCAUGACCAACGAACAGCUUGUUGGAGUGUGGGGCAAAUGGCUUGUGCGUGGAAGCAACAUCGACUUUGAAACGGACGACGAAUUGAGUUCAAACUUUGCAUCGGAUCCCAAUCAGGCAGAGCUUGAUUUUCUCGAUUCGUUGACAGACAUUACGCCAGAAUGUUCCACUGAUCCCAAUGGAUGCCAGCGGCAGUUCGACCGAGACACCUUCAGUGGCCUUGAUCCCGACUUUGCUGUUUACGUUCAUUUUGGCCCAUUUGCCGAAGUGCUUUCUCCAAUCGAGUCUGUCACAGGCAGCCCACCCAUUUUUAUCGACACUCGAUUUGAAGACGGCGAUGGAUGCCGCACUGAUACCUAUGAGCUCAAUGUAACGAACUGUUAUGCCCGUUCUGUGGAGGACGUCAUUGACAGAAUCCGCGAGUUGGCAAAGUUCUUGGGAGUUGAGGAGUCGCCAGAGGUUGUAGAAGACCAACAGAGAUAUUGCGAGGCUGCCAAUGAGUUUUCACUCAUGGCGGAACAACUCCAGGAACGCGGCGUCCGCUGCCUUGCUGCAUCGGUGAGGCAAGCCAACGGUGGAACCAUCAACGUAUUCAACACAAACAAUCUUCCAUGGCUUCGUACAUUUGAAGAUCUUGGACUUCCCUUGCUCACUGCUCCUUUUGAAUCAAAGAGCGACUUCACCUAUACCUACUCUGUCUCUGAUUGGUACCCAGAAUGCGGAGGCCAACCCAGUGGAUGCGAAACCUUGACCCCAGCGCUACCAACGGAUUGUUUCCUCUUUGACACUCGCACGUUCGCCUACAUUGAAGACAGCAAGGAACAAGUCCUUGGCUUUCUGCCAGAAAAGACCAUCGAGCAGGACCAGUACUCGUACUUUCACUUCAAUGAGGGAGGUUUCUCCUACAGAAGAGCGGCGGCCGUGUUGAAUCAAAUCAAUGAAGACCUCAAGGACGUCCAGCCCCUAUACUCCCAAACCCCUUGCGCCACAGUGGACGUCUCGUCCAGAGAAUAUACUAGCUUGGCUUCUGGCGGUCUCUCCGCAGGUCAGUACGCAUGCUACAAUAGCGAGCUGAUGACAUGCCCCAAGGGUUUUGAACCUGGGACUAGCUUGGCUGCUGAUAUUGCAACAGAGACCAGCCAAAGCAGCAACGGGGGAGGUUCGUCGAGCAAUGGCAAUGGCUACCAACCUAUACAAUCAAGCGGUGCCCUGCAGCUGAAGAGACAAACAGUAGUUGGGUUUGUCACAUUUCUCACAGGCCUCUUUCUUGGAUCCAUGUUCAGUUAA